CACUGGAGACUAGUUGACUGCGGCCCUAGAAGGAAUAUUGUGUGGAUCCGCCAUCAACAUCAAAAAUACUUAAAUAAAAUUAAACGAUACAAGAGACGCAUCUCUAGCUCUUUUUCAACGGUUACCCGCUAUAUCGGUCAGUAGGCCUAUCGAAUAGUCGUCAAAAAUCAUAAUAUAAAAAAAAACAGUCAUGAAAAUUAAUGAAAAGGGAACUCAAACAAAUCUGAAAAGGGGCAAACAGAAAACUGAGGAUGAACCAAUACCGACGAAGGAUGUGCAAAUACAUACUACGCCACAUGAGAAGCCGACACCGGCGAAUCCUGCCCUAGAGCAAAUUCAAAAGAUAUUUGAUUGUAAAUUUGAAAUAUUUGGGAUUGUGCAAGGUGUUUCAUUUCGAAUGUACACGAUGCGGAGGGCCGAGAAGCUAGGCGUGCGUGGCUGGUGUAUGAACUCCCCACACAAUACGGUCACGGGCCAAAUACAGGGCUAUGAAACAGCGUUUGAGGCCAUGCGUCUCUGGCUUGAACACACUGGUAGUCCGACUAGUCGGAUUGACAAGUGCAUUUUUGGUAUCACCAAUGAAGUGAACCACUUUACGUUUGAUUCUUUCACUAUUCGAAACGAAUAACAUUUUCAAUUGGACCAUUAUUGAAAUAAUCAAAAUAUAUUUUUGGGUUCCCGUGAAACUAUCGUGGUACCAUCGAGCAUAUCGAUGCGAUUCCCAAGU